CGGCUUUUGUCGUGCGAUUUUGGAAGCUCCCGCUUUGUAUAUUUCGUACGUACUUUGCACAUUGAAGUUUCGAGGCGCGAGUUACAUAUACCCUUUGAUAAUCUGCUUAGCUAAAAACCCGUGCAAUGGGAAUGGUUCUAUGCAAUUCAAGCUCUCCUUGGUGAAGUGUCCAUUGCUGAGUAAUUGUGCGCAAGUGGUCAAGAAGUGAAUAUAACCAGAUUUUUAUAUUCUUCGAUAGUAUACUGUACAGCGAGGAUAAAUGGGGUGAAAGUGGGUAAUUAUUGACAAAAAGGAGAAGGGUGAGAAGUUUUGUGUGAAUUUCACCGGAGCCGAAACGAGAAGUUCUCUGUAGGUACAAGACACUAUCAGGGGAGUGAGUGGGUGGGGUGUGGAACGCCUAGUGGGUUGCAGCCCACAGUGGACUGAAUUCGUGGACAAGGACUCGCGACUCGUUGAACAGAUGACUGGGAAAGUGUUUAAUAACAAGUGAUUCAAAUGUGAUUCAGUCAGUUGCAAAGCGAACUCGAUGCGAGACGGAAAGUGUGUUACUAAAAUGACGACGGUAUCGAACGAGAACAGGUGGUAACUUACGAGAAUAAUUGAAAUCCUGCCGAUUGUCGUUCCUAUUAAAUCCCGUGAAAUAUCUUAGUUUUGCCGACUUAUUCAACCUGUGAAGAAUGACUCCUUUUAUUAAGUGCUACCAAACUGAAUCCUGCUUGAUAAUAGGUGAAUAUGUGAAAGGUGUCCCGAGCUCAGCACUAGUUAUAUCAGGAAACACAUAAAUCCCUGUGAACAUCAAUAUAGUGAAUUAUAUGAGAUAAUUUCCUGAUUGAGGAAAAAUGUUUCUCUACGGUUUUCGAGGAAAAAUGAGCCCCGGCUGGGAUGGUUGAUAUAAUAACGUUUGUCCGUUUGAGUUUCAAGCCGGAAGUAUUUGUGAAUGCCCACCUUCAGUGCAGAUAAAUUGGAAGAAAUUCUGAAUAAAAUAAGAAAAGGAAGAAAGGAUUGAAUUCAUUCCUCGUGUUUUCAAUACUAAUGUAAUAAAUAUCUUAUGCGAAAAUGUGCAAAAACGUGGUUAAUUAUUUGUGUGCAUUUUUGGCGGUAACAUUCAUGGAUAAGGCAUCGUGUGACUACGAGAACACUUGGAAUUUAUACUACGAGCAACCAUGCUGCGGUGGAACUGCAACUGGACAACAUCACAUCAGACAUCAUCGAGAUCACGUUCGGGAUUUUAGUUGCGGGAAGCUUUUCUACAAAACGUUUCUAUUCGAUGAAGAUAAUAAUGCCAUCUUUGUGGGAGCAAUGGAUCGAGUGUAUCGACUUAAUCUUCAAAAUAUUAGCCAAUCUGUCUGUGAGAAAGACGUUAUAAAAUUGGAUCCUACCGAUGAGGAUAUCAAUAAAUGUGUAUCCAAAGGAAAAGUGCCCUUCGAGUGCCGAAAUCACAUAAGAGUUAUUCAGCCGAUGGACGGUGGUCGGCGCUUGUAUAUAUGCGGAACAAAUGCACACAAUCCAAAGGACCAUGUUAUAUAUUCAAACUUAACACAUUUACCGAGGACGGAGUUCGUGCCCGGAAUUGGUACAGCCAUCGCCAAAUGCCCGUACGAUCCUUUGGACAACUCGACGGCCGUGUAUGUGGAAAAAGGAAAUCCCGAUGGUCUACCUGCCUUAUAUUCGGGGACGAAUGCAGAAUUUACGAAAGCCGAUUCUGGAAUUUUCAGGACUGAUUUGUAUAACUACACGACCGGACGGAAAGUUCAUAAUUUUAAAAGGACUCUUAAAUACGACUCCAAAUGGCUGGACAAGCCGAACUUUGUUGGAUCCUUCGACAUCGGGGACUACGUGUACUUUUUCUUUCGGGAACGUGCCGUCGAGUAUAUAAAUUGCGGAAAAGCAAUCUAUUCGCGAAUUGCACGAGUGUGCAAAAAUGAUAAAGGUGGAAAGUACAUGAUCAGUCAAAAUUGGGCGACGUAUCUGAAGGCUCGCAUAAAUUGCAGUAUCUCUGGCGAAUUUCCAUUCUACUUCAAUGAGAUACAAUCCGUUUACAAGAUGGCAAGCGAUGACAGCAAAUUUUAUGCAACAUUCACAACAAAUACCAACGGAAUCGUCGGAUCGGCAAUUUGUAGCUACGAUAUACGAGAUAUUAAUGCAGUAUUUGCAGGAAAAUUCAAAGAGCAAGCCACAUCGACCUCCGCUUGGCUUCCAGUACUAAAUUCCAAAGUUCCUGAACCGCGUCCGGGCGAGUGUAGUAACGACACAACUAGUUUGCCAGAUACCGUCCUCAAUUUCAUCCGGAAACAUCCACUUAUGGACAAGGCGGUGGACCAUGAAUUUGCAAAUCCCGUUUUCUACAAAAGGGACGUCGUCCUAACAAAAUUAGCUGUGGAUAAAAUUAGAAUAGACAGAUUAAAUCAAGAGUACUUAGUAUACUUCGUUGGCACAACGACCGGUACCAUCUACAAAAUUGUCCAGUUCACGAAAUUCGGCCAGAGAAUGUCGAAUCUGCUGGACAUUUUGGAAAUCGCUAAAAAUGAGCCGAUUAGGGAGAUGGAAAUCAGCCAGAAGACAUCGUCCUUGUACAUCGCCACCGAUCACAGUGUCAAACAAAUCGAUUUGGCAAUGUGUAAUCGACGUUACGACAGUUGCUUCCGAUGCAUCCGGGAUCCAUAUUGUGGCUGGGAUAGUGACACGGGCGCUUGUAAGCCUUACCAGCUGGGGUUACUUCAGGACGUUGCAAACGAGACAUCAGGAAUUUGUGACACGAGUGUCCUGAAAAAACGCAUCACAGCAUCGUACGGUCAAACGUUGCAUCUAUCAUGUUUCGUUCGUGUCCCGGAAGUGUUGCGACAGCAUUCAGUUCGAUGGUUCCAUCAUUCCACGGAGAAAGGAAGAUACGAAAUCAUCUACACACCGUCAAAGUACAUUGAGACAUCGGAAGGGGGCCUUGUGAUAAUAUCGAUAAAUGAAGGGGACGGAGGACGCUACGACAGCUAUCUGGAUGGAACGCUUUUAUGCAGCUAUAGCGUUAUGGUUGACGCGCACAGGUGUACGCCGCCCAGCAAGAAAACCGAUUACCAGAAAAUCUACUCGCAUUGGUGUAAUGAAUUCGAGAAGUACAAGUCAGCGAUGAAACAAUGGCAGGAACGCCAGGAGGAGUGCGCGACAUCAGACAAAGAUGCCAAGCACGUUAAUGACGUUCUUAGCGAAGAUACAAGCUCACUUACAACAAGGUAUGAUGACAAGUUAAGAUUUUACGGGCAAUAGUAGCUAACAAGAUCGGUUCGUGAGAAUUCAUCCGUACAGGCUAUGUUUCAUCAACCAAAAGACUGAAAUUUUAGCUUUGAAAGACAAUAUUGAUUUCAUAUUUCUUUAUUUAAUUUUAUUCUGUGUUUCGUAUUAAACUAUGAAUACUACUAAAGGUAAUCUAACAGAAGACGAGUGGACAGGAAAAAUUUGAAUAAAAACAUAAAGUGAAAACGAUCGAUUUUAACAGUAAAGUGUAAUUAGUUUUUCGCUAAGAAGCAGAGUUUUAUUCAAAAUUUUGUACAUGCUUGAUAGUGGCUUUAUAUGAUCUAUAAUUUAGCGAUUUCAAAUAAUAUGAAAAAGAUACAAUUAUCGAUUUUUUAUUGUAAAGAUGUAAAGAUAUUGCUCUCUUGCAAAGUUUUUGUUGGCAAUUUGAAAGUAGCUAUUUCUCUCCUCCUAUACUUGGUUAUAUUCUGUUUUGAAAUUUUUACGAUAAAAAAUCGAUAAACGUAAACUAAUUUUCGAAAAUUGAGGUGCAAAAAAUCGACUUCUGCCGAAUGAAAGAUAUUAUACAAACUCGUCGCCUAAAUCCUGAUUUAAACCUGACCUGCUUCAAUGACAAACUGAAAUAUGAAAAUAGAUAAAUGGUACUUCCCAUUCCACAGAAAAAAAAAGCGUAAAAUCUAUUUUGUGAAAAAAAAAUUGCCAUUUUAAUGAGUAUCUUAAAUAGAAAAACACUUUCAGUUUCCUUUAUAGUCGAUUUCAGCACCCUCUCGAUGGAGCAUAAGAAAGUGACUAGAAAAUUAUAAACACGUUCACUUCUAGAUACUUUAGCUGUACGCAUAUUGAUGCAUUGUUAAUAACUCAACCUGUAAAUACAAGUGAUUUCCUAACGUAGAUUAAAUUUUAAGAUAGUAGAUUAGAAGUAGCCUCUGAAACUUUUCAACUUCGGUGUAAAAUACAAAUGACAUAAAAAGACAAAUAGACGACACUAUUAUAUGUUUUAACAGAGAAAACUACGUCCUGAUUACAAAGUAGGUUAAAACGGGUCUGAUGAAACCGUAACAUGGGAACAGAAUAAGGUAGAACAAGGGUAAGGUUUCAGGCGAGCCUUACACGGAGGAAUGGCGGUUGCAUGAAAGUGGCGCGAGGUAAUAUAAACUUGUAAAAAUCUAUUAAACUUACCACUUUGAAACUAAGUCUAUAUGGGGUAGAACACAUUUUUCCAGAACUAAUUUAUCAGAUAUAUAUUUAUGGUAAUAGAACAAUAGAUUCUAGCUACGAAUAACUUACACAUAAUAGCAUUGAAACAGAAAUUUUGUAUAAAAGUUAUAAAUUGCCAAAAAAGGGUAAAAGAGAUUUAUUAUUAACGACCGAAAUGAGACGAGCGCCCAUCCGUGCGCGAGGUUCAUUCGAACGCUUAACUAUAGCAAUAAAACUAAACUUAAACCUUAAAUUUAGUAUUAUAAAAAGUAAUUCGCAAUAUUACUUUCGACAUUAUGGAGAUUAUAGGGCACUGUAAAUUCGUAGCAUAAAACGUUGUAAAUCUAAGCUUAGUGCGAGUAAAAAUUAAAAAAAAGCAAAUAAAACUAUUUUACUCUAUUGUAUCUAUUUUGGUCUAUCAGUUUAGGUUUUCAUGAGUAAUGAAGAUUUGUUUUACCAGUCACAAAACGUCCGAUUGUUGUAAGGAUGGAUGGAUGAAUGAAUGGCCCUGAUUCGCUUAGAGAACACAAUCCGCACCAAAUUUUAAUUGAAAGUGUCUGAUUCGUGAGGAAGGACAAGCAAUAACGGAUGCGUCCUUGCAGGAAAUGUUACUUUGAAAAGCUCAAUAAUCUUCGGCACAAUAUAAUUUAAUCGAACGCGUUACUAAAUUUAUCACACAUGUAAUGUCAUCUCCAAAAUUAUCAUACGAUUGUAUUUUCUACCAAAACAAUAUGAGCUUCGAACUAUUUUAUAUACGCAAUAUUCUGUAUUCUGAAUACCAAACCAUUUUCCUUUCCUUCCCUAGACGUUAUUCGAGUCAAAAGAGUAAUGAACCAUAUUUUCGUUCAAAUUUUCGGAUGAGUCCCACAUUCCUACAAGUAAAUAAAUUCAACAAUGCUCACAUCACACUACAUAUAUACCUAAAAGAAAAUCCUUGCAUAUUUUUUCUGUGCGGUAACUAAAAUGAACUAAAAGCAAGAAAAUAACAAAAAAAAAUGAAGCUUAAUAUUAAGGAACGGAUAGCUAUAGAUAGACAGUGGAAUGUAUUAUAAUUUAUGUGACAUGUUUUGUAUGACAAUCACAUAAUGAGAAAAAAAAAACUUUUUUAAAAACAAAAAUUAAUUAUAAAAAGAAAACAUGGAAAAAACCUAUAAAACUUGACAAAAAAUAAAAAGAAGUCAAUAAAUGUGAUAAGAUUCCUUUGAAAAAAA